CCUGCAUUAAUGGAUGACAUUAUCAUUGAUUUAUUUUAACUUAUGAUCAGUGUUGCCAGAUCUCGCAAGACAAAUAAGGAAUCAAGCCUGUGAAAACAAGCCCAAAACAAGCAACUUUUCUACGCACGCCACCACACCACAUUAUGUUAAAUUUAUUGUGAUGAUCAGAAUUUUGAACAAACUAAAGAAUCUGAUGUUUUCAAUGUGUUUGUUUUUCAGAAAUGGCUCAAACUUUAUAUUCCAGACUUCUUCUCAUCGCUCUCUGUUCAUUAUCUGAAUGCAGUCAGCGCCGCUAUCACCAUAUAAACGUGAAGAAGACCUGGACUGAAGCUCAGAGAUACUGCAGAGAAAACUAUAAAGAUCUGGCCACAGUCAACAACAUGAACGACCUGAAUCAACUGAUGAAGAGUGUGCAUAACAGCCUGACUGACUAUAUCUGGAUUGGAUUGAAUAGAUCAAGGGUUUAUAAAUGGAAGUGGUCUCUGGGUGAUCCUGUGAAAUAUACAAACUGGUCUAAUGGAGACUCAAAUGGUCCAGGUCAUUGUGUUUAUAUAAGAGAUGGAUCAUGGCGUCAUCAGAGCUGUAAUAUGAACAUGAGAUUCAUCUGCUACAAUGGUGAUAAAGGAUUCAUCAUUAAUGGUUCUUCAGUAUCAUGGAGAGCCGCUCAGAUCUUCUGCAGACAGCAUCAUACUGAUCUGACCAGUGUGAGGAAUCAGAUUGAGAAUCAACAGAUUCAGAAGAUCAUGAAUGACAAAAACAUAUCUGAAGUCUGGAUUGGUCUGUUCAAUGACUCAUGGGAGUGGUCAGAUAAGAGUGACUCCACAUUCAGAGACUGGAGCUCUGGUGAACCUAAUAAUUAUGGUGGUAUUGAAGAUUGUACAGCGGUCAUUGUGACAGAACAGGGACAAUUUAAUGACUACAGUGGUACUUCCUUUCAGACCUUUGUGUGUCAUGAAGAUAAUCUGAUAUUGAUCAAUGAGAGUCUGAGCUGGUCUGAAGCUCUGAGAUACUGCAGAGAGAAUCAUGUGGAUCUGGUUUCAGUUGAUUCAGAGGAGAUUCAGCGCUGGGUAACAGACGUGAUUCAUCAGUCCUCUACUGACGCCGUGUGGAUGGGGUUACACUAUUACUGCCAAAUGAACCUCUGGAUCUGGAUACAAGGAGAGGUCGUGUGCUAUCAGAAUUGGGCUCCAGGGAACGGAGCAGGACUUAUGGACUGCAACACUGAAAACAGAGCUGGAGCAGUUCAGUCUGGAGAAGAUCAUCGCUGGAUCAGCCUUCCUCAAUCUCACAAACUCAACUUCAUCUGCAUUAGAAAAUAA